AUGAAUAAAAUACAUGAUUCUGAUUCUGAUUCACUGAGAAAAACAACAUCAGGAAUAACACAAUAUUCGUUACAAAAACAAUUAAGCAAUAACGAACAUAAAAUGGAUAUGCACCCAAAAUCAGAUAGGAACUCAUCGGACACUACCAUUGAAUAUCCAAUGACUGAGAAUCCAAAGCAUCGUAAAAUUUUAAGUCAUAGUGAAUAUUCUCCGAUUGGUUCGUCUCGUAAACUUAAUUUAUUACUUCAACGUUCGCUUCGUUAUUCAUAUCGACAACGAUGUUGUGGAUGUUGUCCAACAAUACUUUGUGAACUCUUAUUUCCUCUUAUUAUCAUCGCAUUAUUAGCCUUAGCUCGCUAUGGGUCGAAUGCACUGAUUAGAGAAUUGAAUUCAAAUCCGCAAUCGGUUCCAAAAAGUUUAGAUCGUAAACUAUGCUCACAAAAUAUGAAUAGAACAACAACGUUAUCCAAAGAUUUAUUUAACAAAUGUUUUGCAUUUCCGCCAAGUUAUACUCCACGUUCAUGGGAAGCAUUGAAUCACGGUCCUCUUUCAAACAUAACAAAUAUUAUCUUUCAACCAUUGACCAAUGAAACAAAAGAACUUGUUGAACUUGCUAAAAACCAUUUGACAAAAAUACAAUGCCAGAAUACUAAAAUAUGGAGUGAAGAUAUAAGUGACGAAAAUAUUACUUCCAUAUUAGAAGAUGAAACGACCAAUAAAAUUAUUAUUGAUUUUGGUUCCACAUCGAAUCUUAAGAGUAAACGUAAUCUUGAUUAUAAUAUAAUGAUUCGAGCGUCGAAUAUCUUUAAGAAAAAUUCACCCAUCGAUAUGUCGUUUGUAUCUUUUUUACAUCCAACUUUCAUUGCUGAUCGAUCGAAUGUAACGGAUGAUAAUAACGCCGCAGGUUCAGAAUUACCUGAAUUUACUGAUGUAAAACUAUUUAUUGAUUCAUUACUUAUUGGCUAUCAGACAAAUCGUGCGAUUGAAUUCGAAAUCGAAAGGGAUGCUAUGAUUUGUACGCCGAUUCGUAGAGAUGCUAUUUUUGAAUCACAAUCAAUAAUUGUUACAAUAGUUUUAAUUUUGGUUGACUUUAUCUUUCUUAUUCCAUAUUUAAUUCUUUUAAUUACUUUAAUUCGAGAAAAAAAUGCCAAAGUAAAAGAAAUUCUUAAAGUACUUGGAAUCGAACCUGUUUUGAAUAAUAUCGCUCAAGCAAUUCGAACAUUGAUUAUUAUUUGUCUUUUAACUUUACUCUUAUGUAUUGUGUAUAAAUUUAAAUUAAAACCAGACGCAUAUUUUAAUUCGGUUAAUUUUGGUGUUCUCUUUUUCGGCUACCUAAUAUUCGGUUUACAAUUAAUCGCAUUUUGUAUAAUGAAUGUACAAUUAUUCGAUAAAAAUGUUCGUGCAAUAUUGGGCACAUUUUUUAUCUAUGCGAUAUCAUUAGCUAUUCAUCCAUAUAGUGUUGUAUGGCCGACAGCAAUACAAUAUAUACUCAUAUUUGUUAGUCCUUACAUCGCUGCACAUUCAAUAUUUCAACAAGCAAUGCUACAUGAUUUAGGGAAAAUAGAUGUAGCGUUAUUUCAAAUUAUUUAUCGAAAUGUGCCAAUGUUUUUUUCAACACUGAUUAUUAUGAUUUGCAGUAGUGUUUUCUAUUGGACAUUGUCUUGGUAUUUGGAAAAAGUGUUUCCAGGCGAAUAUGGUGUUCCUGUUGGAUGGAACUUUCUAUUUAAACGAGAUUAUUGGCGUUCGGAAGUAACUGUUGAUCAGGCGGAUUCAUGUUCUACUAGACGGAAAUCAGUUGCAAGCAGAAAUUCUAUUGGAAAACCUAUUGUUCAUGUGAAUCAUUUAGUUAAAAAAUUUGGCCAUGAUAAAAUCGCAGUAAAUGAUGUUUCAUUUAAUUUAUAUGAAAACCAAAUAACUUCAUUACUUGGACCAAAUGGAUCUGGAAAAACAACAAUAUUUAAUUGUUUAAUUGGAAUGUAUAAACAAACAUCGGGUUCAAUUACAAUCGACAGUGAAGAUGGCAUGGAUUUCGACACUCGAGCCAAUAUGGAAAUGUUAAGAAAAUCAAUGGGUUAUUGUCCUCAACAUGAUAUUCUUUUCGAUUUGUUGACCAUAAAAGAACAGCUAGAAUUCUAUGCGACAGCUCGAGGAUUUGGAAAAAACAAAGAGAGAAUAGCAAAAGAAAUGCUCUAUUUAGUUAAUCUUCAAGGUUCACAAGAACUCUAUUGCAAUUCAUUAUCUGGCGGAAUGAAAAGACGUUUAUCGUUAGCUUGUGCAUUCGUUGGAGAUACAAAAAUUAUUCUUCUUGAUGAACCAUCAAGUGGACUUGAUCCGUCGAAUCGUCGUUUAUUGUGGGAUUGGUUACGUUCAAUGAAAGAAGGUAAAACACUUUUAUUAACAACACAUUUCAUGGAAGAAAGUGAUGCCCUAUCGGAUCGUAUUAUGAUUAUUGCUAACGGCACCAUUAAAGCUGAUGGAACAUCAGCUAAACUUAAAGAAGAAUACGGAUCAGGUUAUAAAUUGGUUGUAAAUAAACAUAGCGGUUAUCGUACAGAAGAUAUUAAAAAGGAAUUACGUAAUUAUUUGCCAAAUUUAAAAGUUGAAACAGAUAUAUCUGGUGGUGAUGUUGUUUUUCGUACGAAUCAACAGCCCAAUGAACAAUUCGUAAAUGCAUUACGUCACCUCGAAAUUAUGAAAAAGGAAAAUCGAGUUAAAAAUUAUGGAGUACAAAAUAGUACUAUGGAUGAUGUGUUUUUAAAAAUAACGCGAGAGACAAAAAAUGAUAAUAAAUUAGAUUCAUCAUCAAUUGACAUCGAUACAAUCGAGAAGCAAUGUCAUGAUGUAUUUAGUAAUCAACAAUUUCUUACUGGUAUUAACUAUCAUUUGAAUCAAUAUUAUGGUUUAAUCAUCAAAACUGCACUUGUACGAUAUCGUCGUUGGGCACUGACAAUUAUCGUGUUAUUCUUACCUAUUUUAUACAAUCUCCUAUCGAACUUAUUAUAUCGUAGCGGGAGUGAAAAUGGAAUAUAUAAAAUGAAUGUCAACUCUCUUAAUCCACAAACAAUUGUUUAUCAUACAGAUCCAGCGAUAGAAAAAUAUUUUUUUGCAUCUGUCGGUAGUUCUCAGCUUCAACCAGGACCAGCCAAUCUAUCCGAAAUGAAUCAAAAGAUUUUGCAAAAACGAAUGAAUCAACUGUAUACAUAUACAGAUAUUUAUCUUGGUUUUAAUAUUCCAAAACCGAUCGGAGAUAAUUAUAAAAUUGAAGCAUUAUCAUCGAAUCUAAUAUCUGGCCAUGAAGUUGUUUCAGUUGCAUCAAAUACAUUCUAUAAAUAUAUAUUAAAUGAUACGAGUGCCUCAAUUCAAACGACAUUGAUCUAUAAAAAUACAGGAAAUUUUACAACAAAACCAUCCCUUGGCAGUCUAAUGAGCAUAUUAAAUAUUGCAUCCUGUUUUCUUAAAUUAUUACCAACAUCACUCAUUAUUGAUGUAUUCUUAUUCUAUGUUCUAUUCUUUUAUACAACUGUAUUUUUAAUCAGCGAACGAAAAGAUAGUUUUUUAUCAUUAUUGAAUAUCAGCGGUUUACAUCCAGCAUCAUAUUGGCUAUUUACUUAUCUAUUUGAUAUUGUUAUUUCUGUUAUAUGGUUCUGUUAUUUGCUUGCUAUUUAUUGCAUAUUUGAUGUUGCUUUUAACGGUGUGCCAGUUAAAAAGUCUCUAUUAGAAACAAUGUUAUCAUUGGAAUUUGCUACUCCAUGGGAUUUGCGAGUACAAUUUUAUCCAUUAACAAUUAUAAUUACAUUACCAACGUUACCAUUCGCUUAUUUGUUAACAAAACUUUUUCGAAGUGAUAUUCUUGGUGGUAUGACGAUAUGUUUUCUAUUAAUAAUUUCUCAUUUCAUAAGCAUUAUUAUCCCAAUGGUUACAACCAUUAUUCAAAGUAAAUUUACUCAACAACUUUUAUAUUGGCUAUUCAAUAUAAUAUCACCAAGCAUAAAUGCUCAAGUUAUAGUAACAUAUCUAUUAGCAAAGAAAAGCGUAUUUUGUCAAGUUCCAGCAACUCUAAGUUCUUUUGGAGCUACAUUUUUUCAACCCAUUGGUGAUGAUACUAUUGCAUGGAAUGGCGUCAUACUUGUUGUACAUUCAUUAUCAAUCUUAUUAAUAUUAAUAAUUAUUGAUAGUGGCUUAUUACAAUUUUCAUUUUCAUGUUUCUACAAAGAAAAUUUUGAUGAAAGUAAACUUGAUGAUGAUGUUUUAGCUGAACGUCGUCGAGUAUUAGGAUCAGCAACGAAUGCAUCUGACGAUGAAGAACAAAUUGAUCAUUUAACAGUGAAUAGUCUUGUUAAAUAUUAUCCCAUGCGUAAAGUUUUAGCUGUUGAUCAUCUAACAUUUGGUGCUCGACGCGGUGAAGCAUUUGGUUUACUAGGUUAUAAUGGUGCUGGUAAAACAACAACAUUUCGUAUUGUCGUCGGCGAUUUAAUGUCAACACAAGGCACAGCUUAUAUCGAUGGACAAAAUGUACAUCGUCGAAUAAGAUCAACGCGCCAUUUAGGUUAUUGUCCACAACAAGAUUGCAGCAUGGAUUUUCUCACUGUUCAAGAUAGCCUUUAUUUAUUAGCGCGGAUACGUGGUGUUCAAUCUUCACGUAUUAAAUUUAUAGUUCAAACUAUAGGGUCAUUAUUUUUAUUGGAUCCAUUUUUACAUAAUUACAUUCAUGAAUUAAGCGGUGGAACAAAACGUCGAUUACAUGCAGCAAUAGCAUUAAUCGGACCUCCAUUGGUUGCUAUUCUUGACGAACCAACGACUGGUGUUGAUCCAAAUGCUCGACAGCAAAUGCAAGAAAUAUUUUUAAAUGCUGUCAAAGCUAAAUUAACUAUUAUUUUAACAAGUCAUUCCAUGGAUGAAUGUGAACGUAUUUGUAAUCGACUUGGUAUUAUGGUUCAUGGUCAAUUAGCUUGUUUGGGUACAAUUCAACAUUUAAAAUCAAAAUUUGGUCAAGGUUAUACAAUUGAAAUAAAAGUUCGUACAAGUCUCGAUGAUCAGAAUGCAACGGCGAUAAAAAAGAUCGAAUCGUUUCUCUUAUCUCAACGACAAUAUCGUGUUGAAAUUAAGGAAACAACACAUUCAACGGGAAUAUUUCAAAUAGGACAAAGUACUCCAGCUGAAUUAUUUCAAUUACUUGAAGAAAAUAAACAACGAUUGAAUAUUGAAACAUACACUAUAUCACAGACAACACUUGAACAAAUAUUUCUAUCGUUUGGAAAACAGAUUCGUGCAACUAUUGAGUAA